AUGGCGAGAAUCCUUGGAGGAAAGUAUAAAAUCGGUGAAAAAAUUGGGAGCGGAUCAUUUGGUGAAAUUUACAUUGGAUCACAUAUAGAUACUUCUGAAAUCGUAGCCAUCAAAAUGGAGAGCAGGAAAAGCAAUCAACCACAGCUAUUGUAUGAGUCCAAUUUAUAUAGUAUUCUUCAAGGAGGAAGUGGAAUUCCAAAAAUGAAAUGGUGUGGCUCUGAUGGGGACAAUAAUGUUCUUGUUAUUGAACUUCUGGGACCAAGUCUUGAAGAUCUCUUUUACUUCUGUGGCAAUAAAUUAUCUCUCAAAACAGUUUUGAUGUUGGCUGAUCAGAUGCUUACACGGAUAGAAUAUUUACAUUCUAAAGGAUUUUUGCAUAGAGACAUCAAACCUGAUAACUUCCUUAUGGGUCUCGGAAAGAAAGCAAAUCAGAUUUACAUGAUUGACUUUGGACUAGCAAAAAGAUACAGGGAUCCCAUCACAAAUAAGCAUAUCCCUUACAGAGAAAACAAAGGUUUAACAGGGACUGCCCGUUAUGCAAGUUACAAUACUCACUCAGGAAUUGAGCAAAGUCGUCGAGAUGAUUUGGAGUCUCUUGGCUAUGUUUUAAUGUACUUUUUAAGAGGAAGUCUUCCAUGGCAAGGUUUGCAAGCUGCCACCAAAAGACAAAAGUAUGAUAAAAUUUGCAAAAAGAAGUUAUCAACGCCCAUUGAGGUACUUUGCAAGUCAUAUCCUGUGGAGUUUGCCUCUUACUUUCAUUAUUGUCGCUCUUUGACAUUUGAUCAACGACCAGAUUAUGGUCUUUUGAAGCGUUUGUUUCGUAAUCUGUUCACUCGUGCAGGAUAUGAUUCUGACUAUUUAUUUGAUUGGACUAUUCUAAAAUAUCAACAGAUGCAACAACAGAAGACACAAAGUCAACCAAAUGCUCCACUAGCUGUGCCUACUAGUCUUGAACCACUGGAGGAGGAUAAUAAUAAAGGAGUCAAUGGUUCAACUCAACUUGAUGCAGAAAGACCAUUAAUCAGUGUUGAUCAUCAACGGACUGUGAACAAUGGUUCAUCUAUGCCCACUGCUAUGCCCAGAGUCUCCACAGAAAAUGUCUCAAAACCAGUAAGGCUUCGCCGAGUUUCAUCAACAAAACAAUAG